AUGGACCUGGGAAAACAAGUAGUGGAUCCAGACUUUUCAAGUGAAGAAGCAGAUGUUCCUGGAGGUUUGUGUUCAGCUUUCCCCAGCCCUCUAGCCCCACAACAUCCACUUGAGGGAGACCAUGCCAAUGCAGAAAUGAGUAACUAUAAGAAGCUGAACGAGGAAGUUCAGUUCAUUGCCAAGAAUGCCAGAGGACUGAUGGACUUAAUCACUUGGUUUGAAUCUCGACAUGUCACAAUCCACCAAACCUACUAUAAAGUAAUGGGCGUACUGUUAUGGGCUGAAGCACAGUCAAGCAAAAAUCAUCCUGACAAUGUGGAGUUAAAUGCCACAGCAUUUAAAUGCCUCAGCAGGUGUUUUCUUGCAUGGCAAAGAAGCUCAGACAACUACUGCUACAGGGAAGAAUCAAGUGAUGUAGCAAAAAUGGCUCAAAAAUUUCAACAACCUGCAGCAAGGAUCCUAAAAGCUGUGCGUGUUUUUGACCCUGCACAAAUGCACCUGUUGAUGGUGGAUUUUACCUCGCUUAAUGCAAUUCAUGGUUUUGACAAGAAUUGUAGGCUGGAGAUUCCUACUUACAAAAAUAUUACGAAAGAGGGAGCGGGCGAGCCGCGGCGGCGCUUCCGCAGGGCGGCCCGAGCCCUGGCGCAUCUCUGCGGACUGAGCUUGUGGCGGAAAAGAUAUGUUGGAAAGAGUCCAGUAAUACAGUGGGCAAUAUUUCAUCUGAAGAGGCAAACACACCUUGGAAGUGAUCUUUUAUUCAACAUCAACGAUUAUUCUACAACUAACCUUAGGGGAGAUUUUGAAAAGCUGAAGCAUCUGUUGUAUAUUUGCCCUAAAGAAAGAAGCCAGCGAGAUCUCAGGCAGAUACAAACGUGUCUGAAGAAGAACAGAACAUUUCAGUGUUUACCUAAUAAAACGCAGCUCCAACUUUGCCAUGCUGUAGUCUACCAAGAGUGUGAAGCUGGAACCAUAAUUAUAAGGCAAGGUCAUGUUCCAAGUGAAUGUUACUUAAUACUAUCUGGAAAGCUAAAAGUCCUAUGGAGUGAUGCAAAUUUCAAAGCCCAAACUUUCACCUCUGAAAUAUUAUGUGAAGCUGAAGAAGGAGACUUCAUAGGGGAAAUCUGUCUUCUGACUAAUACAAACCGAUCUGCUUCCAUUAUAUGUAAAUCUGAUGUGGAACUUCUAGUGAUAAACAAAGAGGAUUUUGAUUGUAUUCUUUCAGAUUUACUACAUGAACAAUACCGUGCAACGUGUAACUUCCUAAGGAAACUCACAUUAUUCUCUUCAUGGUCAGCAGAAGAAAUAGACUUUCUUGUUCACUGCUCCUUAGAGAGAUUUUACAGGACAGGAACAACUGUUGUCCCAGAAAGUUUAAACUCUUACUUCUUAGUAGUUGUAAAAUCGGGUCGAUGUCUGAUAGUGACACAAGUGGAUCAAGAGAGACUAUAUGCACACUCCAAUGAAAUGCAGAAUUUUUCUUCUCUUUGUGAUGAUUUUAUCACAAUAUCAUCAUUAAAGGAAAAGAAGGAUUUGACUAGAAGACUUUGGGAACGAUCUCUUUAUUCAGCUGCACAGAGAACUCCUCUUACGCAGAUGCCCAGAAGACCAAGACCUCAAACAGCUGCAGUAUUAUGUUAUUCGCUCAGGGACGGAAAAGCCUUUGGUGACCUGAAACAGAAACAUGUGAAUCUAAUAGAAGGUGAAAAAGUUGCCGAGACGAAGAGAGGUGGCAGGAAACAAAAGGUGGCUUCAUCAGCUCCUCAGUUCCUGAAGAUAAGGGUGCUGGAACAAGGUGGCAUUUUUGGUUUGGCAGAAACAAUGGACAAGUUUUGUAGCCUUCAGUUCAGCUUGAUCAGUGAAGGAGCGGAGUGCAUUUUCAUUCCCAAAAAACUUUUUCUAGACAGAGCCCCUGUCAAAUCGAGAAAGAUGGCUCUUGAGCUGGUGAAAAGCUACCCCUCAGAGAGCAUAAUUAUGGAGAACUAUGCUAGGCACCAAGCUUGGAAUACCUACAAGGCCAAGCUUAUUAGACAACAGCUUGACAGACAAGCUAUGCCAACUUCAGCUCGCUUUUCCUUUUAAAAGAUGUCUAUGGUAGCUGCCUUAUGCCCAGAUAGUUCUUCUUUUAGUUAAUGAGAUGAUGAUACUCAAGCAUGUGCUGAUGGGAAAAUAUGUACUGUCCAUGACUAUGUACACAUAGGAUA